UUUUUAUACAUAUUUUUGUUCGAGUUUGUGAUAAUUUCUGGGUUUUUCAAGGAGAGAAACAUGGAGUGGUAUACUUGUCUUGAUGAAUAUGAGAAGCUUGUUAUAAGAAUGACAACUCCCAGAGUGGUUAUAGACAAUGCCGUUUGUCCCACUGCAACUCUUGUCAAGGUUGAUAGUGCCAGGAGAGAGGGGAUUUUGUUAGACGCUGUUCAAGUCUUAGCAGAUCAAAAUCUUUCCAUCAAAAAGGCUUACAUUUCAUCAGAUGGUCAAUGGUUCAUGGAUGUUUUCCAUGUGACUGAUUUGAAUGGAAACAAGUUAACUAAUGAGAGUGUUAUAAGCUACAUAGAACAGUCCCUUGAGUCCUCUUUCCAUGAUAGAAGCCAUGAGUUUAAUGAUUUAACAGUUUUGGAAUUGACCGGAACUGAUAGAGUUGGUCUCUUAUCCGAAGUGUGUGCGGUUCUAACUGACUUGCAAUGUGAUGUUGUUGAUGCUAAAUUAUGGACUCAUAAUGGUCGAAUUGCGUCUUUAAUCUUCGUAAAAGACUGCAAUUCGGGGUCUCUGAUUAACGACUCUGAGAAAAUCGACAGAAUUGAAGCACGGUUAAGGAAUAUUUUGAGAGGAGACAACUAUGUUCGUAGUGUGAGGACUUCAGUUUCUUCGGAUGUAAUCCACCCGGACCGAAGGUUACAUCAAAUGAUGUUUGCAGACCGCGACUACGAAAGGAAGCCUGUUUUGCUGUCUAAGACAGAUUCGCCGGUGAUGGUCUUCGUGCAAAAUUGGGCGGAAAGGGGUUACUCGGUUCUGAACGUUCAGUGUAAGGAUCGAGCCAAGCUUUUGUUCGAUGUCGUUUGCACGUUGACGGAUAUGCAGUAUGUUGUUUUCCAUGCCACCAUCAACACAGCUGGGGAUAAAGCACAUAUGGAAUUCUACAUUAGGCACACAGACGGAAUCCCGAUUAGCUCUGAAGCCGAAAAACAACGAGUCAUCCAAUGCUUACGAGCUGCAAUCGAAAGGAGAGCACCCAAUGGUGUAAGGCUGGAGUUAUGCAUACCAGAUAGGCAAGGACUAUUGGCAUACGUGACCCGAACGUUCCGCGAAAACGGUCUUAACUUGACAAGAACAGAAAUAUCAACCUCUAGAGACACGGCUCUUAACGUCUUUUAUGUAACAGAUGCAAUCGGGAACAUAGCUGAUCCCGAAAUCAUUGAAUCGGUGAGACGAAAGAUCGGUUCAGGAAACUUGAAGGUCAAGGAAUUGCCAUUGAUGUAUCCUGGAAAGGCAGAAAGGGAAGAACAAACAGUAGGAGGGGUCGGUGGGGCAGUGUUGUUAUCACUCGGGAGCUUAGUAAGAAGGAAUCUAUACAAUUUGGGGUUGAUUAAAUCACGUUCUUGAAUCUCGAACUUCAAGUUUUAGGGUUUGACCUUUGUGUACAGAUGAAAAAUAGUAUCAAGAUUCGAACUUUAGACAUUAGUGAGAUUUGAUGAUGAUUUUGUUGUAGGUACAAAACAAGGGAUUGUAAAAUG